CGCCAUUCCAUUUCAUUUGGUUCGCACGAUUCAUUUAUCUAUCUGCUUCUCUUCUCUUUGCUCAACACAAUCUAUAUCUAUCUCACUCAUUCAGACACCAACACAUCCUCAUGUGUCUAAUUCUACCUUGCUUGUAUUUGUAGCGCUAUUACUCCUUGCUGUGUAAAUGGCACAUGUUGAUGUUAUUCGAUUACAGUUUCAGCCCUUUCGGUUCUCCUCUUCCUCUUUCUUCACCCCCUCACCGCUCUCUGCUAAGAUCCUAUUCUCUCCUCUCGCCUAUUCUUCUUCUAGGCCAGCGCCACCAGCUACUCUUGCUUUCCCCCCCAGAAAGCAUUUGCUUUCUUUCAAGGUAUCUGCAACUGUUGCUGAAACAGGUCAGCCAAAAUGGUGGGAAAAGAAUGCACCAAAUAUGAUUGACAUUCACUCCACGCAAGAAUUUCUGAGUGCUAUGAGUCAAGCUGGGGAUAGACUAGUUAUUGUUGAAUUUUAUGGAACUUGGUGUGCUUCUUGCCGAGCAUUAUUCCCCAAGCUAUGCAGAACAGCUGAAGAACACCCUGAAAUUGUUUUCCUCAAAGUAAAUUUUGAUGAGAAUAAGCCAAUGUGUAAAAGACUGAAUGUUAAAGUACUUCCUUACUUCCACUUUUAUCGUGGGACUGAGGGGCAGCUUGAAUCAUUUUCAUGUUCACUUGCCAAGUUUCAAAAAAUAAAGGAUGCCAUCGAGAUACAUAACACAGCUCGAUGCAGCAUCGGUCCACCUGUGAGCAUUGGCGAUCUGCUUGCUGAACCUUCUUCAGUUGCCAAGGAUAGACCAGCAGAAUCUGUGUAACCAUAGUAGUACUUAUGUUCUCGCUUUUGUAUUAUAAGUUGUCUCACAAAGGGAAACCCCAAAGAAGGCUGUACUCCAGAGAAACUUAUGAUGUAAAGGAUAUAUGUACUCUGUAUAUUUACUAUUUUUAUAUUUUUUUUUUCGUAUUAGAAGAAUUCCGAGCAGAA